GGGGCAUUUCUCUUUUCUUUUUCUUUCUAAAAAGGAGUUAAGAGUCCUAUCCACUUGGGUCCCACAUUGCCCACAACUUCUUUUGUUGGUUCUCCACCUUUUUUGUUGAUCAGAUCCUCUUUGGUGGAACCAUCAUCUCUUUGCAGAAUCUAUCUUUUCCCACGUUUAUCUUUCUCCACUCUCCUCUCUCUCUCUCUCUCUCUCUCUAACUGUUAGUUCUUUCUAGUUUUUACCUCGCGCAUUCUUAUGUUGGGUCAACAAUUUUCAUGUGUUUCUUGCUGUUUUUAUGUGAUUUUCAGUUUUAGUUUUGGUUUUUUUUGAGGUGGGUUGGUUGUGCUUUUGUAGCAAACUUUCUGUGUUAGCGUUUGUUUAUUUAUGGUUUUCAGUAAAAAUUGGUGAUUUUGUGAAGUGGGUUGGUUUUAAGUACUUGUUAGUUUGUGCUUUAUAAUGUAUUCUUGCUGUUUGUUUAUAUUAUUCAAUCAGAAGAUUUGGUCAAUUGAGGUGGGUUGAUAUUGGGGACCAGUGAAGAAGUGAAUUUUUCAAAAAGUGACUGGUUUUGCUGCUUGGGUACCUGAAUUUUUCCCAAAAGUUGUCUUUUUGAAGUAGGUUGUUCUUGGGUAAUUGUGGAGUUGUAUUUGUUCGAUGAAACAGUUAAAAUUUUGCUUUGUGGCUAGGCAGGUCUUUUGGUUUAUGAUUGUGGGUUUUGUAUAAAAGAAUGGAAAUGGGAUUUUUUUUGUGAAGUUGGUGAACAUAUUAGGAUUUGUCAGUGGGGAUAGUGGUGAAGGAAGAGAAGGAUGAGAGGAGGAAAAGAUGAACAAAAGGUGUUUAGUCCUAUGUUUCCUAGGCUUCAUGUAAAUGAUACGGAGAAAAGAGGGCCAAAAGCACCUCCAAGGAACAAAAUGGCUCUCUAUGAACAGCUCAGUGUUCCAUCUCAAAGGUUCACCCCUGGUUCAGCGUCCAUGUUGCCAAUUCGGUCCAAAAACAGCAGUAGCUUGGUUCCUUUGACAUCCUCGAGCCAUGCUGGUGGCCACCAAAAGAGUAUCUUUACUCAGCUCUGCAACUCCUCUUCUUCUCAUCGAGCAGAGAAUCUCCACUCUUAUUCUUCCAUUGGGGUUAAGUUGAACAAUAAGGUGGCAAGUCAUGAACAGAAUUCCAAGAAGCCUACAACUUGUCAAAGUUUGAAUGCAACAAGGCUAUUGUCAUCAUCUGCUAAAUGCAAAUCAUUUCAAUCAUGCAAAUUUUCCAAAUUUAAGAGCUACUCUUCAAAGAAGCUCGGAGAUGAGGAUGAUAGAGUUCCUACCCCUGGCCAAGGAAUAAUUCCACAUCGUAGCAACAGUCAGUGCAGCAGAGAUAGGGAAAAAUCCCCUUGCUUGAGCUUAAAAUCUUCAGUUAAACUUCAAAAUGCUUCUGAUGGGCAGUCAAUUAGAAAUGCAACCAUUGACCUAAAGUCAACAGAAUUUGUGACGCAGCAAGCUGAAGAGGACUCAAGAGUGUCUCAGAGUAAUCAGGACCCUGGGGAAAGCUCAGAUUCAAUCACAUCAACUAGAUAUAAGAAUUUGGUGGAUAUGUCUUUAACACUGUCAAAUAAAGUUAAAAAUUCUGAAUCAUUAAAGAGAAUACAUGCAACUUCUGAUCAAGAAAAAAGAAGCAGUUUGGUGGAUAAGUUGAACAGAUUACAAGAUUCUAAUACACAGUUGCAACAAGUGUUUGUGGCUGCGCAAGACAGAACAGCCCUCAGAGAUGACAUCAUAAAAUGCAGAAUAGGCAUAGGCAAGGAAAACACUUCAAAGUUGAGCAGUGAAUCAUGCUCGAGGCCAUCAAUUGGAGACCAUUAUCAAAGUCUUAAUGGGCUUACAAAUGGCACUGAGUGUCGUGAAGAAAAGAAAUGUGGAUCUAUGUCGGCUUUGGAUAUCUCCCCUGAUGAUGUUGUUGGAGUGAUAGGUGAGAAACUAUUCUGGAAAGCGAGAAGAGCUAUUAUCAAUCAACAAAGAUUGUUCGCGGUGCAAGUGUUUGAGUUGCAUAGACUGAUAAAGGUACAAAGAUUGAUUGCUGGCUCGCCGCAUAUUUUACUUGAAGAUAACUUUUAUUUGGGCAAGCCUUCAGUAAAAAUAUCUCCACUGAAGAAAUUGCGGUCUGAAUAUGUUUCAGAACCAACAUUUCCCCCGAUUGUUAAAGCAAAAGAUAAUAUUCCAAGAUCAAUUCCUAUCACUGAAUAUCAAGAUGAAAAUGUGGUUAGAAAGUUCCCACUCCCUUCUGUCAAUUAUGACACCAGCAAAGGAUUGAAUACCGAGGAAUCAAAUUUUGGGCUUUAUUCUGCAAAUACUUCUUUAGCUCCUGGGAAUACCUAUACGAAACCAGCCCCGUGGUAUUUCCAACCACCACCAGGAAAUCAUUGGUUAGUUCCUGAAAUGUCUCCAUCUGAAGGACUUGUGUACAAGCCCUCUGCAGGGUCAUGUCCAACUGCAGGUUUCAUGGCACCAGUAUACAGCAACUGUGGGGCUAUGAACCUGAGUCCAGGAAGCGGAGACUUUUUAAACACUGCUUAUGGUGUUCCUGCUACUCCCCAGUGGAUUGGAAUUUUUCCGAACACAACUCCUUUAGGCCAGACAUACUUUCCUCCAUAUGGCCCGUCAGUGAUGCAUCAAUCUUUAUCUGAUUCAGCUAUUGAGCAAACAAGCCCAUUUACAGGAGUUCAGUUAGAUGGGCAGGAAAAUCAAUUAUCAGUUGGAGACAUCAAUCUUACAUUACCUCAGCAAAGCUCAUGUAACAUAUCCAGCCCGGUAAAUCAAGUAAUACAAUGUCAUGUUGGGAAAUUCCCUGCAUCAAAAGAGAGUGAAUUACAGGGAAGUACAGCAAGCAGUCCCUUUGAGAGGACCAAAGGAGAUGCACUUCCUCUUUUUCCCACAUCACCAACAAUUAAGGCAUUGGAUCAAAAUGUGCCAAGUGGUGAGCAUCGGACACAAGUGAUUAAGGUUGUACCUCACAAUCCAAGAUCAGCAACUGAAUCAGCAGUACGGAUAUUUCAGUCAAUACAGGAAGAAAGGAAACAAUUAUGAGACAUACUGAGCAGGGAAUGAAGAUAUGCAUAUUCGCUAUAAACGUGUUUGAUUAUUUUGUAUCUAUAAUCAUCCUGUAUCUAUCAUAUGUUAAUAAAUUUGUAAAUAUAUUUUUGAAAGAUUGAAAAAGCUUUCAGUUUUUGCUUUGUACUUCCAUGAAUGUAUUGAACAGAAUUUUUGUUGGGAGUCA